AUGAGACCACCACCAAGAUCACUUGAAGAAUAUUUAUAUCGUAAAUUGAUGGAUUCUCCUGGAUUCAAUAACUGGGUUAGAAAGAUUCAUGCAAAGAUAAAUCAGAUCCCUUAUCAAGAAUUCCCCAAUGAAGGUCGAGUAAGAAACCUAAAUGCUUUUGAUUAUAAACCAACCACAUGGCAUAAGGUGAAUGCGUUUAGAAUUAUAUGGUUUGAUGAAAUAAAGCGAUCAAAUGCUAGUAUUAAAGCAACCCACGUUGGUCCAAGUAGCAGGGCUUUCGUAUUAUCCCGAUCUCCAGAUCCGAAUGAUUCGAAAUACUUGCUAUUGUAUCAAUAUGUUAUACCAGAAUGGUCAAUUAUACCUUCAGUUCAAAUGAAUCCGUACCUCGACUGA